GAGGAAUAGGCUCCAUUUUAAAAGUCCUGUUGAAGAUGAUACGUGUAGAACUUUUAGUUCUCUCUCUCUUAACAGUCUUAUCAGUGGUGAUGGGAGAUACCAUUGGUUACCUGGGAGAGUCUGUCACCUUAUCCUCUGGAGCCAAUCCAUCCUGGCACAUCACCAAGAUAACGUGGUCCAUAUACAACAACGACACCUGGAUCGCAACAUUCAAGGGCAAAAAUAGCAACACAGAAUGGUUCAGGCAGUUUAAGAGUCGACUGAGUCUCAACACCUCGUCUGGUGACUUGGAGAUCAGAGAUGUUCAGAGAGGGGAUGAACUGGUCUACUCUGUCCUCCUCACACACAGUCAGGGGGAGCAGCAGAUCAGUAAGGUACCGCUCACUGUGACAGAGCGUCUCGUUGAGCCUAGUGUUCGAAAGGUCUUCAGCGUUUUGAAGGACGGACACUGUGUGAUGGCUCUUCAGUGCUCCUCUUCGGUGAAGGACACCAGCUUUUCUUGGGAACCAGAGGCUUCGUUUGACGACUCCUUCUGGAGGGGGAGUCCCAACGCCAACGUCUCUGUUGUCUGGAUGUCUUACAGCCCCAACAGAAAUGUCACCUUCAUCUGUACUGCCAGCAACGGGCUCACUAACGCAUCUAAGGUUGUGAGGGAGAUAUGCCAAGAUGAACAGCCCAAGCCUGACGUGGUGGUGGAGGGAGAGAACCGCGUCCCCGGGAUCGUAAAGUUGCUCUUAGGAUUUCUGUUCGGAUGUCUUUUAACAUAUAUUUUCAGAGAGUCCCUCACAUGCUUAUCAACCAGGUUCAACAAGUGUGUUGGUGUUUUGGGGCGUUUUUACAGGAGUCAAAGCAUCAACAAGGUGGGUCCUACACUUUCGGGAGUUGAAAAAGACUCCAGCCUACCUAUAGAGAGGAGCUGAACAUCGUAGCAGUCAAACCAAAACUCCAGCCUACCUAUAGAGAGGAGCUGAACAUCGAAGCAGUCAAACCAAAACUCCAGCCUACCUAUAGAGAGGAGCUGAACAUCGUAGCAGUCAAACCAAAACUCCAGCCUACCUAUAGAGAGGAGCUGAACAUCGUAGCUGUCAAACCAAAACUCCUGCCUACCUAUAGAGAGGAGCUGAACAUUGUAGCCGUCAAACCAAAACUCCAGCCUACCUAUAGAGAGGAGCUGAACAUCGAAGCAGUCAAACCAAAACUCCAGCCUACCUAUAGAGAGGAGCUGAACAUCGAAGCAGUCAAACCAAAACUCCAGCCUCUGUCACAUGAUCUUUUUAGUUUUUUGCAACUUUUCAGGAAAGUUAGGAACCAAUAUGCACAGGCAGUUAGGAAAGCAAAGGCUAGCUUUUUCAGAAUUUAUUUUGCAUCCUGUAGCAUAAACUCCAAAAAGUUCUGGGACACUGUAAAGUCCAUGGAGAAUAAGAGCACCUCCUCCCUGCUGCCCAUUGAGGCUAGGAAACACUGUCACCACCGAUAAAUCUACGAUAAUCGAGAAUUUCAAGAAGCAUUUUUCUACGGCUGGCUCCAGGUCAUCUAAUACGUCUUUGCUAGGUGAAUCCCCGCCUUAUCUCAGCUCACUGGUCGCAAUAGCAGCACCCACCCGUAGCACGCGCUCCAGCAGGUAUAUUUCACUGGUCAUCCCCGAAGCCAACUCCUGCUUUGGCUGCCUUUCCUUCCAGUUCUCUGCUGCCAAUGACUGGAACAAAUUGCAAAAAUCCCUGAAGUUGGAGACUCAUAUCUCCCUCACUAACUUUAAGCAUCAGCUGUCAGAGCAGCUUACAGAUCAUUGCACCUGUACAUAGCCCAUCUGUAAAUAGCCCACCCAACUACCUCAUCCCCAUAUUGUUAUUUUUUCGUUGUUGCUCCUUUGUACACCAGUAUUUCUACUUGCACAUUCAUCUUCUGCUCAUCUAUCAAUCCAGUGUUGAAUUGCUAAAUUGUAAUUAUUUUGCCACUAUGGCCUAUUUAUUUUCUUACCUCCCUAAUCUUACUUAAUUUGCACACACUGUAUAUAGACUUGUCUAUUGUGUUAUUGACUGUACAUUUGCUAAUUCCGUGUGGAACUCUGUGUUGUUUCUGUCGCACUGUUUUGCUUUAUCUUGGCCAGGUCUCAGUUGUAAAUGACAACUUGUUCUCAACUGGCCUACCUGGUUAAAUAAAGGUGAAAUAAAUAAAACAUUUAUAAAAGAUAAAUAUACACCUCUUCUGAAAGGCCCCAGAGUCUGCAACACCACUAAGCAAGGGGUACGACCAAGCAAGCGACACCAUGAAGACCAAGGAGCUCUCCAAACAGGUCAGAGACAAGUUGUGGAGAAGUACAGAUCAGGGUUGGGUUAUAAAAAAAAUCAGAAACUUUGAACAUCCCACGGAGCACCAUUAAAUCCAUUAAUAAAAAAUGGAAAGAAUAUGCCAUCACAAUAAACCUGCCAAGAGAGUACCACCCACCAAAACUCACGGACCAGGCAAGGAGGACAUUAAUCAGGAAAGCAAAGGCUAGCUUUUUCAAUCAGAAAUGUGCAUCCUGUAGCACAAACUCCAAAAAGGGGAGACUCCCCAAACAUAUGGAAGAAGGUACUCUGGUCAGAUGAGACUAAAAUUUAGUUGUGAAAACCCAACACCUCUCAUCACCCCGAGAGCACUAUCCCCACAAUGAAGCAUGGUGGUGGCAGCAUCAUGCUGUGGGGAUGUUUUUCAUCGGCAGGGACUGGAAACCGGUCAGAAUUGAAGGAAUGAUGGAUGGUGCUAAUUACAGGGAAAUUCUUGAGGGAAACCUGUUAUAGUCUUCCAGAGAUUUGAGACUGGGACGGAGGUUCACCUUCCAGCAGGACAAUGACCUUAAGCAUACUGCUAAAGCAACACUCGAGUGGUUUAAGGGGAAACAUUUUAAUGUCUUGGAAUGGCCUAGUCCAAGCCCAGAUCUCAAUCCAAUUGAGAAUCUGUGGUAUGAGUUAAAGAUUGUUGUACACCAGCGGAACCCAUCCAACUUGAAGGAGCUGGUGCAGUUUUGCUUUGAAGAAUGGGCAAAAAUCCCAGUGGCAAGAUGUGCCAAGCUUAUAGAGACAUACCCCAAGAGACUUGCAGCUGUAAUUUCUGCAAAAGGUGGCUCUACAAAGUAAUGACUUUGGGGGGGUGAAUAGUUAUGCACGCUCAAGUUUUCUUUUUUGUGUGUCUUAUUUCUUGCUUAUUUCACAAUAAUAAAAAAAAUUGCAUAUUCAAAGGGUUAGGCAUGUUGUGUAAAUCAAAUGAUACAACCCCCCCCAAAAAUCUAUUUUAAGCAACAAAAUACAAAAAAUGCCAAGGGGGGUGAUACUUUCGCAAGCCACUGUAUGUUCCCCCACUCAAGCUACUGCCUACCCAUACUAGCUCAAUGCCUUAUCAUCUGAUGCUGUUGAAGCCAAUCGCCCAAGAAUCUACCAGAUCCUUUUGUUUUUGUGUUUCUUUUUUACAGUGACUUUGAGGUUCUUAAAUGAAAGUGCAGUAUAUAAUACAUAUAUUAUUAUUAUUCACACACCUGAAAAAUUGAUUUUUUAUUUCUGUUGUAAUUCAUGUGUUUCUAUCACUUGAAGGUAGCUUUUCUCAAAUACUGCCUUUUUUUCUUUACUGUGAAUCAUUAUGUGAUUUAUGCGUUAUGAUUGCUACAAAUCGUUGUAUUUAUUAGGAUGUUCUCUCCCUUUUCUCAAUAUGUAAAGAUGGUAUUAUUGUAUUA